AUGUCGGAAAUCGAAUCCAGGCCUACACGAGGCCGUAGCUCCACCCGGGGAGGCAGAGGCAGCUACGGUCGUGGUGGACCGCGAGGCGGUCGCUCACAUGCUAACGGACAUGCGACAGAGCCCGUGGAGGAGUCAUUUGAGGACCAAGGCGAACUUGGCGAGAUGAAGAAGAAAUACCAGAGCGAAUUGGGCUUGCUGAAAGACAUGUUCCCAGACUGGACCGACACUGAUCUUGUUUUCGCUCUGGAAGAGGCUGAUGGCGAUAUACCGGCAACUGUGGACAAAAUCACCCAGGGUACCGUUUCUCAAUUCUCCGAGGUCAAGAAACCCAAGGAUCGAGCUCGUUCCAAGGCCAAAGAGGAUGUCACUCCCGCAAGCUUUACUGACAAAGCCGGCUCCGGUAGCCGCGCUCGCGGGCGAGGCGGUUUGGAAGGCACACGAGGCGGGCGUGCUCGUGGCACUGAGCGCGGCAGAGGUGGUCACCGUGGUGGAAGAGGAGGUCACGCGACCACCAAUGGAACCGCUAAGGACAAUACCGAUGCUCCUGCACUUGCGGCAGACCCUUCAGCCUUGGAUAGCUCUGCGACCACCGACGCAGUUGACGGCUCGGCCGGACUGCCUGCACAGGCAACCACGAACUCUGCAGACACCGAUGCGCCUCGAGCUCCUGAAUCCAAUGCUGGUGUUGGUGCUUCAGCUGGCGCGGAUAGUUCAAAGAACGGGGCAGCUCUGGACAGUGGAGCGAAGAAAAGCUGGGCAAGUAUGUUUGCUCAACCUAAACCAGUACCUGCGGCGUUACCAAAGAAGGCCCCUGUCCCGCAACCGGCCGCAGCUGAGCCUCCAGUCGUGCCCUCGCAAGCUGAGGCCAGUACUCCAGAAGACGAGGCUGCUCAAAUUGCAUCGACGGCAGUCCCCGAGGUGCAAGUAGCGCCCAGUGAUUCUGUCGACACUCCGGCAGAACGCCCAGAGACGUCCGAAGGGGAUGCUGCUGAUCUGGCCCCAUCCACGGUUCCUUUGACUGAAGCCAAUGUGGAGCAUCUGCCCGAUGACUCUGUGCCUCCAGCAACAUUCACUGCAGCGAGCACUACUGGUUCUCUGGAUCCACGCAAUCUCACACCUUUGCCUCAAGCACCGAUCGGUCGACCUGCGCUCGGUGGAUAUGCUACUAGCGCGAACCGUCUUGCCGGAACCGGGGGCAGAACCGCAAGCUUCCAGCGUCGCCUCAAGGAACAGCAAGAGGCUGUUGUCAUGCCAGGUCACAGUGCAGUUGACCGAGCUGCCGUUCAGUUCGGCAGCAUGGGCCUGAAUGGCGAGCAAGGAAUGGAUGUCGAUGAAGAGCGAGAGGAGCCUGAAACACGUCAGGCACCCCAGAGUUCCCCCCCUUCACAACCACGCACGUCGCUGCCACCCGCGCCUCGGCAAGCGUCUGAUCAGCCCGAGGUCGUUCCCAGCGCUGCUCCGGCUGUGCCGACUCCUAAACAAGCCCCCGGUCUGCCUCCUGCAUCUGCUCAGAACCAGCAACAGAUCCAAGAUCCCUCUCUGGGCCAGAUCCCUUCCCAGGAACAACAAGCCAACCAGUACGGCCAAUACGGUCGUUAUGGCCAACCAGGGCUGCAGCCAGAUCUGUCCGCCCAGUCACAACAAAAGCAGCACUACGAUCCUUUUGGACACCAAACACAAAACCAUUACGACCAGUACGGAGCGCACUCCCAGCAUCAACCGCACGCUCAACAGCAGCAACAGUCAUCGCUCAGCGGCCUUUCGACUGGCCCCAACGACUAUCCUGGAUACUACACGAAUGAGCAACAACGCCUUUACAGCCCCUACGGCGGCUACGGUGGCUCCUACGCUCCCCAGGACACCCGAAGCCAGAGCAGCCAGAACCAACAGGAUCCGUCGGCCAUUGGACAGCAGCGUUCUGCCAGCGGAUUCGGAUCUGCGCAAGGCGACUCUGCUUUCGGGGGCCAGACACAAGUCCAGGCCCAAUCGAGAUUCGGAGAAACACACGCACCUGGCUCCGGAAACAACACUCCAAACCCGCCGGUCGGCGGACAACAGCAUCAGCAAUCGCAACAUUCGAUGCAGCAACAACAACAACAGCAACAGCAACAGCAACAGCAGCAGCAGCAGCAGCAGCAGGGUCAACAGGGUGCUUAUGCGGGUGCUGGCAGCGGCUUCCCGUAUGGUCACCAAUACUACAACAGCCCGUAUCCUCAAGCAUACCAGAACCAGUUCACGUACCAGCCAGCUUAUGGCUCCUACGGAUCUCAAAGCAACAAGGGUUAUGCUGGCAACCCUUAUUCUGGCAGUCAUGGUUAUGAGUCAUCCUCGCCCGCACCUGGCGCGCCAUUUGGCCAAAACCAGUCGGCGACCCGCGCCGCGAGUGGCUCGUCGGCACUGCUGGACGAUUACAACCGAGGAUCUAGCGCUCAGGGCUUCAGUGGCAUGAAUGAUGCCUUUCAGAGGUCUUCUUCCGGCUUCGGAUCCCAAGGCUACAACAGCCAGCAGCAGGGAAUAGGAGGUGGCGCUCAGCCGGAGUCCACCGACGCUCUCAAGCCGUUCGGCACUGACGCAGGCAGCAAGACGGGCCCGGCGCAGCGACCAGGCUCCGCAGUCGGAUCACAGCAGUCUGGCACCGCUCCCCCGCAACAAAGCCAACACAAUGCUGGCAGCUUCGGUGGCUACCAGGGCUUCACUGCGCAGGGCCAAUACCUGGGUGGACUAGGCGCGCAGCAGAGCGGCCAGACUGGAUACGGCGGACAGCAAAGCCAAGGCGGCUACGGCGGCUACGGCGCCGGAGGCUUCAACCAGACCUACGGUCAAGGCUACGGCGGUGGAAAUGCGCGCGGCGGCUGGGGCCAGAACUACAGCCAGGGCCAGCACUAG